GGAGGAAGAGGAGGAGGAGGAGGAGGAGGAAGUGGAGGAGGAAGAGGAGGAGGAAGAGGAGGCAGAAGAGGAGGAGGAGGACGAGGAGGAGGAGGAGACGCACCUUAGUGACCGGUAGAGAAGCAGCUCCCGGCGAUGGCUCAAACGAAGGUGGCUAGUAUGCUUGCAGCAGCGGAACAGUGGGGCAACGAGACAGCGAGCGUCGAGCAGCGGGGCAACGAGGAGGAAGAGGAGGAGGAGGAGGAGGAGGAAGAGGGGGAGGGAAAGGAAGAAGAGGAGAAAGACGCGGAGGAAGAGGAGGAGGAAGAGGAGAAGGAGGACGCCGAGGAGGAAGCGGAGGAGGAGGAGGAGGAAGAGAUGGAAGACGAGGAGGAGGAGGAGGAGAUGAAAGACAAGGAGGGGGAGGAGGAGGGAAUGAGGAGGAGGAAGAGUAGGAAGAGGCCCACCUUAGCGACGGGUAGAGGAGCGGCUCCCGCUGAUGGCUCCAGCAGAGACGACUAUGCCUGCAGCAGCGGAACAGCAGGGCAGCGGGGCAGCGAGGCAGCGAGCAGCAAGCAGCGAGCAGCGAGGAGCGGGGCAGCGAGCAACGGGGAGGUGGGGCAGCGGGCUAAGUGAUUUUAAGAGGAUGGCGCCUUUUUUUCGAAAUCGUUGGGUCGUACUCAGGAUCCGGCACCGCGAGAUUUUGCCAG